AGCUUCGCGUGGACGGACGUUUGACCAGCUGAAGUUUUGGUCACUUAGAAUCACUUUUUGCUUCGACCGUGUUUCUAUAAAUUAGUUUUCAUAUUUCAUACUUUUUAUUUAGUUUUCAAAACUAAGCUCAAGUGAUACCGAAAAUGCUCAAGUCCGUGUGCCUUGUGAUUGUGCUCCAAGCUCUGUUUCUGGUUCAGGCCGAAAGCCCCGCCUAUAUAAAACAAUGCCGCAGGGAUGACCCAAAGUUGGUAGACUGCUUUAUUGGAGCCAUUGAGCACUUGAAGCCCUACUUGGCCGAUGGCAUUCCCGAGAUCCAACUGCCCUCUGUGGAGCCCUUCAAAAUGGAUACUUUAGCCUUGCAAUUAACUGAGGGUCCUCAGGGCUAUAAGAUCACUCUGAAGAACAUGGAGGCCUAUGGGGCCAGCAACUUCCUGGUGAAGUCCCUCAAGCUGAGCGAUGGCAACGAGCCCUUCAAGGCAAAGAUCGUGAUGCCAAAGCUGAAGAUCGAGGCCAAGUACACGAGCUCCGGAGUCCUCUUGAUUCUGCCUGCCUCCGGCGGGGGCGACUUCCACGCCAAUUUCGAGGGCGUAAGUGCUGACCUUACUGGCAAGACUUCGAGGCCCGCGGCCAAGGGAGGAAAGUACUUGCACAUCGAUGCCCUCAGCCUGGUGCUGGAUGUGAAGGAUGUGAAAAUGAGCAUUUCUGGUGCCUUCAACAACAACCGUAUUUUGCUGGAGGCAACAAAUCUGUUUCUGCGAGAUAACUCACAAAUCGUCCUGGAGGCCAUGCAGGCUCAGCUGCAGAAGAAACUGGCCAGCGAAUUCGGCAAGUUGGCGAACCAGCUCCUGAAAAACGUUCCUAUCGAGCAGUUCUACGUGGACUAAACCUAGACACUCCCGAUCCUAGUUUGCUAAUCUAAGCUAAGGUUUAUUUAAUUGUAAAUUACUCUCUAAUGCUAUGAACCAAGUAUUAAAUUGUAUGUGGUGUGAAUA